CCUCGCGUUAGUUAUCUCCCUUAUCCGCUUAUCGGCCUUCGGUUCGGUUGAUUAGUUACCGAGAAGGGCAGGCUAUCACGAGAAUUUUUCUCUACAGAUCCAUAUUUAUCAUGCUAUUCCCGGUUUUUAUUCUGGAGCGGUAUCGGGACUAUCACGUUAGAUUUUCUGACCGUAACAUGACUUUAACAAGCUACUUAAGAUUGCGAUACCGCAGAUCCUCACCUUGUAUUCAUUGCUCGAAAAGUAUUGAGUGAAUAUGGCUGAAAAAACACCCCAAUCCAAUUCAAAUUCUGAAACCAUGUUCAAACCAAUCAACACUUUACGUCGUGAACCGACGAGGUCAGAGAUGCAAGAUCUCGAAAUCAUCGCCUCAGCUGGUGCAUCUUUCCGACCUGGCGACAUCCCCCCGCCCCCAGACGGCGGCAUCGAAGCAUGGACGCAAGUAGCAAUGGGCUGGAUCGUCAUCUUUGCAACAUGGGGCUACGUCAACUCCUUUGGAAGUUUCCAAGCCCACUAUACCUCCACACUCCCCCAAUCACCUUUUCAAAUCUCAUGGAUUGGUUCAAUUCAAGUAUGGUUUACGUUCUUUGGAAGUGCAUUCUCUGGAAGGUUGUUAGAUGCUGGGUUUUGGAUUCCGACGUUCCUUGUUGGUGCGGGACUGCAGCUCAUUGGGAUUUUCAUGAUGAGCUUGUCGACUUCUUAUUGGCAUCUCAUGAUCACGCAGGGUGUUGUUACUGGUAUUGGUGGGGGUAUUAUCUUUGCGCCUUCGUUGGCGUUGGUGGCGACGUAUUUUGAGAAGAGGAGAGGUAUUGCUAUUGGGCUUGUGACUACGGGUAAUUCUCUCGGUGGUACUGUUUAUCCUCUUGUUGUUCGAGCGCUUCUUCCUCGGAUUGGUAUGCCGUGGACGUCGAGGGUGUUGGGGUUCAUUAAUCUGGCUGGGUUUAUACUCGUGGCUAUUUUUAUGAGGCCAAGGCUUCCGCCGCGACAGACUGGACCUAUUAUUGAUUGGACUGCGUUCAAGGAUACGCUUUAUGUGUCUUAUGUGAGCGGGUUGUUCUUCUUUGUGUGGUCUGUGUAUUACACUUUCUAUUACCUUGCAUCUUUUGGCCAACAAGAAGUCGGAAUGUCCUUCGCAGAUUCAUCCCUCAUUACCACUAUAAUCAACGCCGUCGGUCUUCCAACCCGAGUCCUAAUCCCCAUCGUCGCCGAUAGAAUCGGCCCAUUAAAUACCAUCGCACCAGCGGGUCUUUGCGUCGCCAUCGUCGCGUACACAUGGGUUGCUGUGCACAACGUCACAGGCGUUUACAUCUUCUCCAUCUUCUACGGCAUUGCAUCUGGAGCUUUUCAAAGCCUCAUGCCCACCGGAGUCGCCAGUAUCACCAAGAGACUUGACACCAUCGGUACGCGAAUGGGCAUGUGUUUCAGUCUCAUCUCUUUUGCAGGUCUGUCUGGACCGCCCAUUGGUGGUUUACUUCAGGAUCAAAGUCUUACUGGGGCUCAUAUCUGGGCUGCGCUUUCGAGCACACUAUGUGCGGUGCUACUGGUGCUUGCGAGAGUAUUGAAGGUUGGUUGGAAGGUAAAGACUAGAUGUUAGAUAAAAGCAUAUAGAUAUUCUCAUACUCUAGCUAGACUAAUACUUAAUUGAAGU